ACCGCUGACUUAAGCAGCGCUGAAUUGCGACAGCGGCAAGAGAUUAUAAUGCGGAAUCAAAUGAUGGCAGUAAACUCUCAGAUCUUGGUGCCCACACAGCAAAGGAUGCCUAUGAUGCCAGCCCAAUUUGAGCCUCGGCUGCUGGAAAGGGAUUUGCUGCCAUCACCUGACCUUAUUCUCCCUAACGACGCAAGACAGAUGCACGUGGCUUCACACUUUGGACCUGCAUUUCCAUCACAUACAAAUGUUCUGUCCAACAGAAUAUUCACAGGUCCAGGUUACAGUAUCCUGCCAACAGAACCAAUGGAUAUCAUUGCUAGAAGGCAGGAAAUAUUACAGAAACAGAACAUGAACAGAAUGAAUAUAGAAAUGAACUCCAUAUAUCAGCCUAAAGAGAUUGAUAAAAGCCACAGAAAGAUAUUCACUGAUCUUGAUUCUCCAUUCCUCUACCCUGGUAUGGCUUCCAGUCCCGUGGCUUUCAGAGGAAGACCAAUGUUGCCAGAAGGACAUCUUCCAGCUGAUGUUUUUGCGCAUCGAAACACUUUUGAAAACUUCCACUGCGGCAGCAUGAUGAAGACCAGCAGCCCAUAUCCUGCCAUGUCCCACUUACAAAGAGAAAGAGUACGCAGACCUGGCAGAAGGACGGUCAAUCAAAAGACUGCAGAGGGCAGCAUUGGUCCUUGUAAAAUACAAACGGAAAUUAAAACACAUAUCUCUCCUACUGCUACAGAGGGAGAAAAAGAUAAGAAAGAAGAAGAAACAGAUGUAGCCCAAAAUUGUGAUCAAGAAAAAAUGUGUAUAGAUCCAGCCAUGGACAAGAAUUCUGUGGAGGAAGAACCAGAGAAAAAUGACACUGUUCACAAGAUCUCAAGAGAAAUAACCAUUAGCAGGAGUGGAAAUGAGAAGGAGUUGAAUAAUCCUGUGGCAGCAUAUGAGGAUAGGUAUAUGUACCAGCCUCCUGUACACCUCUCUACUGCACCAUACAGUUUCCCAGUUACCAUGAACUUACCAAUGCUAUCAGGUUCACAUGGUAUUUUUCUGAAUAGAGAAGAUAACCCAUCUGUUCAAGAUAUGCAUAAAUGGACCUCACAAGAUGUAUAUAAUUUUGUGAUAAGCCUGCCGGGAUGUUCGAGUUAUGCACAGGUUUUCAAGGAUCAUGAUAUUGAUGGAUUAACAUUACCACUACUUACAGAGGACCAUCUCUUGGACACACUAGGAUUAAAACUUGGACCUGCACUCAAGAUCCGUUCACAGAUUUCCUGUCUGUUGGGUAAUAUUUUUCACAUGACCAACCUUCCGAUACCAGGCUCUGUAUCAUCCGUCGCCCCUCUAACAUCAGAACAGCCGCCUGAUUGCGGAUCACCUAUUCUCGCCAACAACAGCAGUGACCUAGUAACAAGCCCCUGCUCUAAAGACCCAGACAAUCGAAAAACUACAGAAAUACCAACACCAGAAAGUAAAGAAAUUCCAUGUGAUUUAUCAAUAGCACAAACUGAUUUUCAGAUAAACUUUUCUAAAAAUUGACCUGAUGAAAAGGAAAUCUUGGAUUUCACAGAAGAACUGGAGUAUAAUGCUGCGUUAAGAGGAGACAAAGUGACAUUAAAUACAGUGAGAUUGUACUGUAAAAUGUUUAAUUAUGUGUAAUAAAAACUUUGCAAUGUUGUUUAACAUU